CUGGGUGGCCGCAAAAGGCUGCGCCUGCCUCUGUCAAUAUUUGUGCUCGGUUAAAUGAUCAACUGCCAGGCCCCCACGGCUGUCGUUGGUGUCCAUCCCAAUAGCGCGUUGAGCACCUACAACGGCAAGGGUCUGUGAAGCUGAGGAUUCUGUAUGGCCACGAACAUGGCGAGAGGCGCCUCCCUGGCGACACUUCUCUUGCUAGCGUGUUCCAUCUAUGGCAGCUGGUCGGUUUCAUUUUCAGUGUUUGUGAGUCAAGAUGAAGCUCACCAGGUGCUGAAGGUCCGUAAACGCGCUAACCAGUUCCUGGAGGAGAUUCACUCAGGGAACUUGGAGAGAGAAUGCUUUGAGGAAACGUGCUCCUUCGAGGAGGCAAAGGAGAUUUUCAAGUCGCAGGAGAAAACGACGGAGUUUUGGUUUCAUUACAAAGGUUUAAAUCCCUGCAAAGAGAAUCCCUGCAAGAACGGUGGACUCUGCAAACUGAAACACUACGAUUAUCUCUGUAUCUGCCCCCCCCUGUUCCAGGGAAAGCUGUGUGAAACAGAGAAGCUGGAGUGCUGGUACAAGAACGGCGGCUGCUGGCAGUAUUGCCAAGACGCUGCCCUCCCCCUUGGGGUGGUGUGCUCCUGCGCGCAGGGGUCUCGUUACCCCUGCGGCCUGAUUCAAAAGUCCACGCAGGCUGCGCAGGAAGUUGCCUCUAGGCCCAGUGGGAGGGUGGAGCAGGAAGCUCCCAAGCUCAAUGGGAAGGUGAAGAGAGGUGCCCCCAGGUCCAACAGGACAGCAGAGGAGGGCACCCGCAGACUCAAUGGAUCGGUAGAGGAGGGCACCCCCAGGUCCAACAGGACAACAGAGGGGGGCACCCCCAGGUUCAAUGAAUCAGCAGAGGCGGGCACCCCCAGGUCCAACAGGACAACAAAGGGGGGCACCCCCAGACUCAAUGAAUCAAUAGAGGUGGGCACCCCCAGGUUCAAUGGGACGGCAGAAGAGGGCACCCCCAGACUCACUGAAUCGGCAGAGGAGGACAUCCCUGGGAUCAAUGGGACAGCAAAGGGUGGUGCCCCCACACUCAGUGAGUGGGUAGCAGGGGGUACUCCCAGGCUCAGUGGGUCAGCAGAGGGGGGCACCUCUGGGCUCAGUGAGGCAGCAAAGGAGCAGAAUGUGCACGAUGGCCUGACUCAGACCGACGCUGAAGGAAACCUGACAGGCGGGGACCUACCCAGCUGGACCCGUGUCUUCCAAACGGCAGAGCCCAGCGAUACCAGGGUAACUGGAGGAUCGUUCUGCCAUCGUGGCAACUGCCCUUGGCAGGUUUUUAUCCAAACGAGCCGAGGUUAUGGAGUCUGUGGCGGGAGUUUAAUCAGCAGCCGCUGGGUGGUCACUGCUGCCCACUGCCUUGACAUUGUUAGGCCACAUCAUGUUACUGUAGGAGACUUUGACAAACACCAAAGAGAAGUGAAAGAACAGAAGCUUGAAGUGCAACAGAGCUGGGUACAUCCACACUAUGACUCAGACAACUACAACGGCGACAUUGCUUUGCUCUAUUUGAGCAGUGACGUUGUAUUUAAUGAAUAUGUACUUCCCAUUUGCUUGCCCAGUCCUAACCUGGCAACCUUGUUGACUGCAGAAGGGACUAAGGGGAUGGUGAGCGGAUGGGGUUCCACACAUGCCAGGGGUCCUGGGACGCGCUUCCUCAUGAAAGUCAAGCUGCCCAUAGUCAGCAUGGAAACGUGCAGGCAAUCGACAGCGAAACUCAUUACUGAUAACAUGUUCUGUGCUGGCUAUGCAGACAAAGCCCAGGAUGCCUGCAAGGGAGACAGUGGAGGCCCUUUUGCUGUGUCUUACCGUGACACUUGGUACCUGCUAGGGAUAGUCAGUUGGGGGGAGGGUUGUGCUGAAGCAGGGAAAUACGGUGCCUACACACGAGUCGCCAAUUAUGUACCCUGGAUAAAGGAAGUUUUUGAAAAUGUAGCAGAGGCAGGAGGAUUUCUCCCCUCGCGCUGACGACCGUUUCUAAAACAUCAAAAAUGCCACCUGCGUGCUGAGAUGCUUCAAUUCAAUACAGAGUUUGCUUCAUGUCCUGAACAAAACAUGUUCAGUCAAGACCAAUACUGCAGUAAGACCACCUCGGUCUUGGCGAUGAGAAAACUUUUAUAAAGAAAUGAUCCUGUCAGUCCUGCAAUCCUACCCAAAACCGAGUUGCUGCUAGGACAUCACACCAACAGUCUACACAUGCAUGAGUGGCUUGUAGAAAGUAGCAUAGGAAGUUGUUGUUUUUAAUAGUACUCAGUAUGCUCCGUUAGCCGUGUAUCUACACAAACUACAGAACACACAAAUCAAGUGGUUUGUAAAACUGGAAAAUUUUGCAAUAGUUUAGUUUAACUUUAAAAAGUAGCUUAUUAAAUCUAGUCUAUUGAGUAUACCUUGUCAUUCUGCUAAUAAAUGUAAUAAGUAUUUGCUGGGCCUGAGACUUUGGAAUACAAACAACUGUACUGGAAACAUUGACAUGGAUGGUUUAACAAAAAGCUUUAAAGAUUGUGUUGUCUUUAUUCUGUAGUGGUACAAGGCAGGAAAUAGCCUUGUUCUCCAGCUGGUCCACUCCAUGUGACAGUAGUACAUUCGGUUCACAGUUGAGAGAAUUAUGAUAGUUCACUAUGUUGACAGUGGUGCAGUUGAGUUAAUCACCUCAUGGGAUUAAUUACUGAAAUGUAGCAGCUUCCAAAUUCAGCAAGUUUUAUAAGACUAACAAACAUAUUUCUUGACUCAAAU